CUAAUUUUGAAUUAAUUGCUUAUAAUUAAAAGGAAUCGUUAUUCAUAAAGAUGAAUCGAAAUUGUUUAUAGGAUUCAGAUUGUGUAAAGCGUACGGAUCAUCAAAACAUACACAUAUAAUAGACGGAGCGUCUCUGUAGAAAAAUACGCGCAUCGCUAUAUAGUCCACGCACCACGCAUGCGCACAAAGAUCUGGCAGAAAGAUUUCCCUCCAUUUUCCGUAUUAACACUGCCGAGCGGCAACAGCACGUACAAACAUGUUCACUUACGUUAAAUUUGAAGACGGAAUAAAAGCAAUUGUGGAUACAAAGGACAUAGUAGAUUUUAAUAUAAAAGACAUACAAUAUGAUAAAAAAUACCAAGUUAAAUGGGACGAUGGUCACUUUUAUUACGGAAUAAUAGGACGAAUGCAACAGAAAGCAAUUCUAGAAGAAACCAAAGAAGCAGUUGACGUAAAAAUAAAAUGUAAAAGAGUAGAGUUUUCGCCUCUGAAUCUUUGCAUCUCAGCAACAGAAGUUGAAAGUGAAUCAGACGUUGACGGCAAAAAUAGCUUAAAAGGAGACGAUAUAAAAAACAGAAUUGCUGCAAAAAUCAAGAAAUUAGACACUGCAUUAAUUCAAAAAGAUAAUAGUAAAAAAUUGUCAUCUAAUACUAACAAUGGAAGUCAUGUAAACAAAACAGCCAAAGUAAAAGAUCAUUUUCUAAGCAAGAAUGUAAAAAAAAAGGGAUGUUAUCUAAAGAAGAUGGAAAAAAUGAGAAACAGAAUCAAAUAAAGAAAUCAUCAGUUUCUGUAAAAGAUUCCAGUAACAACACUUUGAAACAAUCAAUAUCGCAAAUAGAUAAGAAUAAGUCCGACAAACAACAUGAAUUAAUAAAAGGCAUGACAGAUAAUCACGAACAAGGUGAAAAACGUAAUGACAAAGUUGUUUUGUCAAAUACAGAAAAAGUACAUGAUUCAAAGGAAAAAGAAAUGGUAUCACCAGCUGUGAUUACCAAGAGUAAUUUAGAAUUGGGUUCUACGCAAUGCUCACAGAAUAGUUUGAUCAUUAAUGAUAAUUUUGAUACAUUACAUUCAUGUACGAAUAAUGAAAAAAGUGUUUGUAAUGACAAUAACAGCAAAACUAUACAUAAAACUCAACUUGAAAACAAUUCUACUGAGCUUAAAAAAGGAUCUAAAGAUAAAUUAUUAAAAAAG